GAGGGAGUGUCCAUAUAGCUCCUGCACACUCCCAACAGGAGCUCCGACAGACUAGCCUGGCAGAUUCCCUGCUCUGCCAAGUGUAACAAACCCGGAGCCCUCUGCAGACGGCUGGGCAGCCACAGGGAGCCUCCCAGGGCCUCACAGGAGAAGUAGGAGACGGGACCUCUACAGGGAGAGGGCAGGCCGGCUCUUGGGGGCGCUGAUGAGGCCCCAAGGCCGAGCCCAGUCGGGGUCUGGACUCAACCUCAGGCCCACAAGGAGCUGGCCCUCCACCCCAUGGGGUGGUCGCUGCCUAAGGAGAAGGGGUUAAUUCUCUGCUUAUGGAACAAGUUCUGCAGAUGGUUCCACAGACAGGAUUCCUGGGCUCAGAGACGAGAUGAGCAGAACUUACUGCAACAGAAGAGGAUCUGGGAGUCUCCUCUCCUUCUAGCAGCCAAAGAAAAUGAUGUCCAGGCUCUGAAUAAGCUGCUCAAGUAUCAGGGCUGUGAGGUACACCAGAGAGGAGCCAUGGGGGAGACAGCACUGCACAUAGCAGCCCUCUAUGACAACCUGGAGGCCGCCAUGAUGCUGAUGGAGGCUGCACCAGAGCUGGUCUUUGAGCCCAUGACAUCUGAGCUAUAUGAAGGUCAGACUGCACUGCACAUUGCUAUCAUGAAUCAAAAUGUGAACCUGGUGCAUGCCUUGCUUGCCCAUGGGGCCAGUGUCUCUGCCAGAGCUACAGGAUCUGCCUUCCACCUUAGCCCCCGCAACCUCAUCUACUAUGGGGAGCACCCUUUGUCCUUUGCAGCCUGUGUGGGCAGUGAGGAGAUUGUGCGGCUGCUCAUUGAGCAUGGAGCUGACAUCCGGGCCCAGGACUCCCUGGGAAACACAGUGCUUCACAUCCUCAUCCUGCAACCCAACAAAACCUUUGCCUGCCAGAUGUACAACCUACUGCUGUCCUAUGAUGGUGGGGACCAUCUGCAGUCCCUGGAGCUUGUGCCCAAUCACCAGGGACUCACUCCCUUCAAGCUGGCAGGCGUGGAGGGCAACACUGUGAUGUUCCAACACCUGAUGCAGAAGCGGAAGCACAUCCAGUGGACGUAUGGGCCACUGACCUCUACCCUCUAUGAUCUCACCGAGAUUGACUCGUCGGGUGAUGAACAAUCCCUGUUGGAACUUAUCAUCACCACCAAGAAGCGGGAGGCUCGUCAGAUCCUGGACCAGACACCGGUGAAGGAGCUGGUGAGCCUCAAGUGGAAGAGGUAUGGGCGGCCCUACUUCUGCGUGCUGGGUGCCAUCUACCUGCUGUACAUCAUCUGCUUUACUAUGUGCUGUGUCUACCGUCCCCUCAAGUCCAGGACCACUAACCACACCAAUCCCCGGGACAACACCCUCCUGCAGCAGAAGCUCCUUCAGGAGGCCUAUGUGACUCCCAAGGAUGACAUCCGGCUGGUGGGGGAGCUGGUGACUAUCAUUGGGGCUAUAAUCAUCCUGCUGGUAGAGAUUCCAGACAUCUUCAGGUUGGGGGUCACUCGCUUUUUUGGACAGACGAUCCUUGGGGGCCCAUUCCAUGUCAUCAUUAUCACCUAUGCCUUCUUGGUGCUGGUGACCAUGGUGAUGCGGCUCACCAAUGCAGAGGGGGAGGUGGUACCCAUGUCCUUGGCCCUGGUGCUGGGCUGGUGCAAUGUCAUGUAUUUUGCCCGAGGAUUCCAGAUGCUGGGCCCCUUCACCAUCAUGAUCCAGAAGAUGAUUUUUGGUGAUCUGAUGCGAUUCUGCUGGCUGAUGGCUGUGGUAAUCCUGGGCUUUGCUUCAGCCUUUUAUAUCAUCUUCCAGACAGAGGACCCUGAUGAGCUGGGCCACUUCUACAACUACCCUAUGGCUCUGUUCAGCACCUUUGAGCUGUUCCUCACCAUCAUCGAUGGCCCUGCCAACUACGAUGUGGAUCUGCCCUUCAUGUACUGCAUCACCUAUGCUGCUUUUGGCAUCAUUGCCACACUGCUCAUGCUCAACCUCCUUAUUGCCAUGAUGGGUGACACUCACUGGCGAGUGGCCCACGAACAGGAUGAACUCUGGAGGGCCCAGGUAGUGGCCACCACAGUGAUGCUGGAGCGGAAGCUGCCUCGCUGUCUGUGGCCUCGCUCUGGAAUCUGUGGGCGCGAGUAUGGACUGGGGGACCGCUGGUUCCUGCGGGUGGAAGACAGGCAGGAUCUCAACCGGCAGCGGAUCCGGCGCUAUGCACAGGUCUUCCAGCAGCAGGAGAUCCUCUGCUCUGAGGACUUGGACAAAGACUCGGCUGGAAAACUGGAGCUGGGCUGCUCUUUUGGGCCCUAUUUGUCCUUUCCUACGCCCUCAGUGUCUCGAAGUACCUCCCGCAGCAGCACCAAUUGGGAAAGGCUUCGGCAAGGAACCUUAUGGAAAGACCUGCGGGGGAUGAUCAACAGGGGCCUGGAAGAUGAUGAGGGCUGGGAGUACCAGGUCUGAGUGCUCACUCUUGCUGACAGCACCAAAACCAAACCAAACCAAUUGAGAAAACCAACAAAAACCUACAGGUCUCA